AUGUUCUACAAAUUCAAAGAUAAUAAAAGUGGUAAAUUUGUCGAUGUAACAGGUAUCUAUCCAGAUAUUCUUAAGGAAUCGAACUCUGAAGGAUCUGAAAAUGACCAAAACCAAACAGAGCAGGAAAAAGAUAAACAAGGUGAGGAAAUGUCUCUCCGAGCUGACAUUGAUCUUUCCCUUUGCUGUUACUUGGAUCCUGAACGCAGAGCCACUAUUGUAGUUCCAUUACCUGGUUUUAAAGAGCCUCACUUGGUCCAAUGCCCAAAAGGUGCCCAUAGAGUGGUUAUAGACCUAGUUAAACGAUCCAGAAAAGUGACCGUUAGUGUAUACUUUUUUGGUCCUCCUACCUUUGGUGACAAGGUGUUGUACUGGGGAAGCAAAAUAGCUGCCCUCACUCCUUUUGUCUUUGACAUUGUCACUGAAUACAUUAAAAAGUGGCGUUAA